CGUGGUAAGAAAGGACCUGGAGAACAUUGUCACUAAUUGACCUCAGGAUAGCUUUUCUUCUGCCUCAUCUUGCAAUAGGCAUUUGUCCUCCUGCCUCCUUUGCCCACCUCUGCAAGCCGACACCCGGAGGGCCGGCGGAAGAGUUUGGACAUCCCAGGUUGGGYGAUCGCUGCUUUUAAGCAGCGCCAUGGCCGCGAGCGCCGAGGCGGCCGCUCUGGAGGAGAGUUUCCGCAAGUUCGCCAUCUACGGCGACACCAAGGCCACGGGGCAAGAAAUGAACGGGAAGAACUGGGCCAAGCUCUGCAAAGACUGCAAGGUGAGCGACGGCAAAAGCGUCACCAGCACCGACGUGGACAUCGUCUUCUCCAAGGUGAAGGGGAAGACAGCCCGUGUCAUCAAUUACGAGGAGUUCAAGAAGGCCCUGGAGGAGCUGGCUCCCAAGAGAUUUAAGGACAAAAGCAAAGAGGAGGCAUACGAAGCCAUCUGCCAGCUGGUGGCAGGGAAGGAGCCCGUCAACGUGGGUGUCACUAAAGCCAAGAACGUGGGAGCCGUGGAGAGACUGACRGACACCUCCAAGUACACGGGCUCGCACAAGGAGCGCUUCGACGAGAGCGGCAAGGGCAAGGGCAAGAGCGGCCGGGAGAACAUCGUGGACACCAGCGGCUACGUCAGCGCCUACAAGAACGCGGGCACCUAUGACGCCAAAGUGAAGAAGUAGGGAGGGCRGCCCAGGGCACCCACCUGCCCCGGUCCCCGCACACCGGGGCUUCGGUCAUGUCAGCCUUGGGACGUGCCCUUGUGCUAGAGGGCCCCGGGGGGCAGYGCUGGGCCCGGCCCCAGGCUGCCGGGCCGCUGCUCGCCCAGCGCUGAUGUGAUUCGAAGGUGGCUGGGCCGCGUGCUCUGCCCCGCGUGUAUCCGUGCUGUGUUGUGAGCCGUGUCCCUCCUGCUGGUACUAACGGGCCCUCUCCCCUCCUGCCCUGCACCGGGGCAGCUCCUGCCGUACUAACAACACUCCUCCCUGGGGCUUCCUGUGCCCUGCUGGCUCCGGAGCCUUCCCUACCUCAGCCUUGGCCCUCAGGGCGCCCUCCCCGCCAGCCCCGCUGGCGGUCGCUGCCUUUCUCCCCUACAGACCUCCAGGGCCCCGCGUUCCUGCCCGUACCAACACCACGGCCUUCUCUUCCCCACGUCGCCAUGGGGCUGCCGGGCUUGGCCGUGCUCUCCUGCUGGGGGCGGGCACCGGGCGCAGGCCGGGCUCAGUGCUGGGGCUGAAGGGCUCCUCCAGGACACGCUCCGCUGGGGAUCACGCGGGGCGCCCUGCAUGCACCCCCAGGAGAGCUGACCCGCGCACGCUUCGUGUUCCUCUGCCRCCGCCACAGGCCUCCCGCGCCCUCGCGUGGCUUCCUGCUGCCUUUGAGAAGCUCAAGCCAAAGGAGCCUGCAGCCCUCCAUGCUGUAACAUGGCUCUGCAAUAAAGCCCUGCUAGUCCUGA